AUGUCCACUCACACUGGAAUGGGUGCGUGCUGCCUCUCCGGAGUCGUGCACGAAGGCACUCCCAAGGGUCGUGAAGACACCAUCGGCGGCCUGCCCACCUACAUCGCGGAGCCCAGCGACAAAUCCACCUCCAAGACCGUAGUCUUCAUCGUCGACAUCUUUGGCUGGAAAUUUAAGAAUGUUCGGCUCCUGGCUGACCAAUAUGCGAAAGCUGGUUUCUAUGCAUACAUACCCGACGUCCAUGAAGGGGAUUCGCUCGACAUUGAAUUCCUCCAGAGCAUCGAGCCGCCUUUGAAAAAGAAAGAGCAGGAAGGUCUCGUGGACAAGGCGAAGGAGACGGUUGAUGUGAUGGCCACACUCGGGCCGUGGUUGGCCAAACACCGGGAAGCCGUUGCAGAGCCCAUCAUCAGUGGGUUUAUCAAUCAUGUGAGAACAAUACCGGGGACCAAUAAGGUCGGAUCGAUCGGUUUCUGCUGGGGUGGUCGCUACUCCAUCCUCCAAGCCCACGGUCGCAAAGAAGGCCAGAUUGGCGGCGUGGAUGCUGCCUAUGCCUGCCACCCGUCCCUCCUUUCUAUCCCCGCCGAUAUAAUCCCCGUAUCAAAGCCCACCAGUAUUGCUGUAGGUGAAAAGGAUAGCUUGCUCGACAUGAAAUCCGUGGAUCAGAUCAGGGAGACGCUUGAAAAGACGGGUGUCCCCACAGAAGUGAAGGUGUAUAAAAACCAGGUGCAUGGGUUUGCCUUGAGAGGCGACUGGAGCACUGACGAGGACAAGAAGGCGAUGGACGAUGCAGCGCAGCAGGGGAUUGAUUGGUUUAACAAGUAUUUGUCUUGA